CCACAGAUUUGACAUCUUAAUGGAUGUAAAUACAAUGGGUGCCUUACAUGUCUUAAACUUCGCAAAGAAUUGUCGCCAGAUAAAGGCUUUUGUGCAUACAUCAACUGCAUAUGUGUGUGGAGAGAUUAAGGAUAGAAAAACAAUUGUGCAAGAGAAACCCUUUGAGAUGGGUCAGACCCUGAAAGAGACCUCGAAAUUAGACAUCACUGCAGAAAUGAAUUUGUUGAAGAAGAAAAUCGAUGAACUCCGAUCAGAGAAUGCUACUGAAAACACAAUCAGAUAUGUCAUGAAAGAUUACGGAAUUGAAAGAGCAAAGUUGUAUGGUUGGCCAAACACAUACACAUUCACAAAAGCAAUGGGAGAGAUGCAAGUGGUUCAUCACAAAGAUAAUGUUCCACUAAUCAUUAUACGUCCCACCAUGGUUACCAGUACCUUUAAGGACCCAUUUCCUGGUUGGAUUGAAGGCUUAAGAACUCUGGACAGCAUAAUAUGUAGCUAUGGUCAAGGGAAAAUAACAAGCUUUCUUGGUCAUCCCAAGACAAUUUUGGAUACAAUACCUGCGGACAUGGUUGUCAAUUGUAUGAUGACAGCAAUUGUUGCUUGUUCAAAUGAAGCUCCAAAGAAUUUCAUCUACCACGUUUCUUCAUCGUCAAGAAAUCCGUUCAGAAUUGCCGAUGUUCGUGAUUUCAGCUAUCGUUAUUUCACUAAAUUCCCAGUCAGAAACAAAAUUGGAAAGCCAAUAACAGUUUCCAAGCCAACUUUGAUAUCAAGUAGGGUUGCUUUCGACAUUCUCAUGACAGUCCGAUAUUGUUUGCCACUAAAGGUGUUAAAUUUGGUGAACGAAGCGUUUUGUCAAUGCUCUCGAGAUGUUUACGAGGAUAGCUACAAAAAAAUCAAAAGGGUGACACGACUAGUUGAACUGUACAAACCAUACCUGUUUUUUAAGGGCGUGUAUGUAUUUUCCUUGGUCUGUGGUUACUAGAAAUCAUACAUGAACUACUUUGAUUCAUAACCAUCAUUCUCAUACGAAUUUUCGGUUUCAGCUUCGACGAUUCAAACACACAAAAUUUACCAAGAGCAACAAGUAAUAACAUGGAGGUUGAUGGAUUGGACUUUGACCCUAAUAGCAUCGAUGGGGAAGACUACGUGAUGAACACACAUUCCUGGUCUUGUAAAGUAUGCAUUGAAAUGAUUGAUAUUUGAAGUUUCUGCUUUGAAAUGGGUGCACAAUGUUUUAAUAAACUUUUAUUGUUUGGUUUGUAAUAUAAGAAUGGAACAUAA